UUAAAAGGGAGUGUGGGGUGUUUUCGUGGAAAAAACUAAUAAUAAAUUCGUUUUUAGUACAUAAAUUUAUCUGGUGUAUUGUUGGUUGCUUAUAUCAGACGCUCUAUUAAAAAUUACACUGGACAAACAUGACAAUUGGCACCAUUGAUGCAAAAAUGUCACUACGUCAAUUUCAAAUCGGCCACAGAAUUUUUUUUCUGAGAAAUAUGUUUUUACAAAUUUUCUCCAUAAAACAGAUCUUUUUCUGGGUUCGUUCACAAUUACGUAUACGAUAAAUCUAUGGUAUAACCCAUGAUACAAGUGGAUAACUUUCCGGGAAGUGGAUAUCAGGGUCAACCACUAUCAACCUAAGGCAGUGGCGUAGCUGUAACUCGGAAUUGUUGGGGCUAAAAUCAUAUCUAUCAUACCCAAGUGUUAAUAAAUAUGCAUAUGAAACAAGCCAAAACUAAGUACCAUAUUAUCGAAAAAAAGUGGUCUUACUCUCUAUGCAUGCAUAGAAGACUUUCACGAACAGUGUCCCAUAACCUCAAAAACGAACAGUGUACUAUUUUUGGUACUAUAUUCGCAAAAAUGCGGUAUUUAGCAGUGACGCCACUGAAUUUUAAUAAAGUGGGGACGACCGAUGAAACUAAAAUAUCAGAUCUUAUUAGCUACAAUCAACAUGAUUUCAAAUCGUUUAAUUCAAGCUAUCGCCAGAAUUGUUGUCGUUUAUGAAGCCGUCAACGAAAUUAUUGUAGGAACAUUUGCCACAAUCGUGUCAGGGUUUAAUAUUUAUGCACAAAGCAUGGCACAAGAAAAUAUCCACCCAUUUUUUUGUUUUAUGAUAGUAGCUUCCAUAUUGUGCAUUUUCAAAGGAUCUCUUUUCCUACACAGUAUAAAACAGAGGAAGAAACAGGGAAUUUUGAUUUAUUUUGUCCUAACUGCGGUGCUUUUAUUAAUCGCUAAAGGAUUUAUCUUUAGUGAAGGAAUCUACGCGAUACAACAAUUGCAAGGAUCCGAUGAUGAGCGGGCGUUAAUUUAUAAAUUCCGUAAGAAUCGUCGCCUCGCCGAUAACCACGAUGUUAUUGAAACAUUUAAUUCGAGAUGUCGUCAGAACUGUUAUCUUUUAUGAAGCCGUGAACGAAAUUGUUUUGGGAAUAUUUGGCGUAAUAUGGUCAGCUUUUCGGAUUCACUUUAUAGAAUCAUUAAAAAACCACAAAUAUAUAGAAGUCGAUUCUAGCCCCUUUUAUCAUUUUUUUGUGGUAGCUGCUACAUUGUGCUUUUUUAAAGGAUGUCUUUUAUUCUACAGUAUAAAACAGAGGAAUAGGAAAGGAGUUUUGAUUUAUUUUAUCCUAACUGCUUUGAUUUUAUUCAUCGGCAAAGGGUUUAUCAUUUAUGAUGGAAUCCGUAUGAAACGACAAAUACAAAAAUCCUCACUAUAUGAAAGUAUACACAAUAUGAACUAUAAAUUCUGGUACUAUGGUUUCUUUCCGCUAAUUUUUAUCACUGCUUGGUUUUUCCAAUUAUGUGUGAUUUUGUUCUAUCGAGAGAUGGCCAUCAGUCGCUCCAUAAAUGAAAACGAGGAAAAUUCCCCAGAAGAAGUGGAAAUUUACAAGCCAAUACAUAAUCCAAGAGAUAAUUCAAGCUAAAUGCGUAACAGAGUGAUUUAAAAAUCUGAAAUUUUAUCUUUUAUAUUAUAUAUACAUAUCUUUUAGACUUAAGUUUUUUAUACAUAUAUGUAUCAUGCAUAUCACUAUUAAAUUAUUAUUUCUUUUGUA